AUGAGUGAGUCUGAAGAAGAUUCAGAGUUAGACCCAAGAAUUCAAAUUGAAUUGGAAAUACUAAAUACCACUACUGAUGAGAUUAAUAAACUGGAAAUUGAGUAUGAUGAGGAAAACAAGACAUUUAGAAUGUUACUCAGUGAAUGUACAAGGAGGCUUAAAGUGCUAUCCAAAAAACUAGGCAACUGUAUAGAUAAAGCCAGGCCAUAUUAUGAACUUUUUGAAGAGGCAAAGAAGGCUCAACUAGAAUGUCAAGAGGCAGCUGCACUGUAUAAAAAGGCUCAUGGUAUUCAUGCUGCAGCUAAAGAGACUGUUGCUUUGGCAGAGCAACAGUUUAUGUCAAAUAAGAAUGAAUGGCAGUUUGAUAAUGCUUGGCAAGAAAUGCUCAACCAUGCAACUAUGAAAGUAACCGAGGCAGAAAACGAAAAGGCCGAACGCGGCAGAGACCACCAUCGCAAAGCUGUGGUCUUCAAGGAGAUCGAAGAUAAGCUGAAGCAGCUGGAGGACAAGCUGCAGAAGCAGAUAUCUAAAUCCCGCGCCUACUUCGACGAGAAGGCGCUCUGCCAGGACCAGCUGAACACGCAGAAAACACGCAUCUGUACCAUCAAGCAGGAGAUCGUCAACGCCAAGAACCUCUACGCCCAAACGCUGAAGAACCUCGAGCAGAUAUCCAAUGAGAUCCACUCGAAGCGGCAGGGCAGGAAACGAGACGACGAUCUACUGAAGCGUCCCAGAGAGCCCGGGGUGGGGGCGGAACUCGACUCCGCCUUCAAGGAAGUACCUCUGGACAAGCAGUACCAGUCUCUGCCUGACAUCAACGCCGAAUUGGACAAGUUCGACGCGUUUAGCGAACAUUCUGUCAGUGCUAUUAACAGCUCCGCGGCUAGCGAGAGGGAUGACAAUGAAUUGGAUGAUUUUAACGAGAGGUUCGGUGGUUUAGAUAUUAGGCCUGUUGAGGGUAAGAGUGAGGAUGUUUAUGUUUCGGAGUUUCAUCUGGGACUAUUAAAGAACGAUGAUGUCUGA